AUGCAACCACUGUCGCACAAUGCGAAAGUCAGCUCUUCCCACGUCAAGUGCGACUGCGGCGAGAAAACGAGCAAGUGUGCUCACUUGCAACAGCCUGUUGACGGGCAUAAGGAGACCUGUUGCUGCAAUCAUGGUGGGCGCUGCACCUGUGCUCAUAAGAAGGAACCUACCUUGGACACCGUUCCGGAAGCCGAAUCCGAUCGCGAUCCUCUAGAAGCUGCGGCUACACGGCCCAAGCCCCCCAUUAGACGACGACGAGCCAACACAGUCCACUCAGACGGCAUUCUGUCUUUUGACCAGAAUGGCAAUCAUAAGCCAGCCACCAAGCACAAUCGCGCAGCUCAAAAGUGCGGGCCGUAUCAACUCAACCGGGUAAAUUCCACAAACAGCGCCAGCAGUCUUGGUGCCGGCUCAGAGAGCAUGCUAUACCAAGACGGACGACUCCCCGAUUCCUUCAGCAACCGCUCUCGGGCUGCGACAGCUCGCGAACAACGGCGUGUCAAGUCGGAGACUGCUUCUCCGCUGAUGUCCGGUGGCAGCUUUCCUCACUUACAAGGUGGACUGCCUCCCCUGGAUCUGUCGGGCAUCGAAUACCCUUCAUACGUUAACAACGGCACCUUUGAAAUGUUUGGCUCGGGUGUCCCCUCAGAAGUAGAUGGACCGAUCUUCAGCGCUGGCCUCAGUGCGGCGUCUGUUGACUGGAGCCACUAUGACCUAAGCGAGGCCAAGCCGGAGAACUUUGCUCCGUCGAGCUACAGCCAAGCCGGCGCUCAGAGCUUCAACGGCCUCUUUGAUUUCGGGAGCGGCUCGGAUCAGCUACCGCGUCUGGCCAACACUACGUCAACAUCUGGCGAAGUUUCUGAGGUUGAGGACUUCAUGGGCAAUGGAGAUGGAGAGCUGGAUGGCGGCUUUGGUGCAAGUAGUUUCAUUCGCCAAGCCAACAUUGUCGGCAGCGCCACGGACCUGACCAGCAUUGACUAUGACAGCUUUUACAACAAGAGCACAGAAAACAAUAUUGCUGUCGGAACCAUAUCCAUGGUAGAAGAAGAUCCAGCUUUCUGGAUGCCAAACUACAACGAAGCCAUCGCCACCACUAUGGAUGAAAGCCCAGAUCAACUGGCUGCAACCUCGAUGGGACCGUUUUGGGAACUAUGA